UUAUCGAUUAAUAUGCAUAUGGUGCUAUAGAAAAAACAGUUAAAAAUUUUACCAAACUCAAUGAUGAACAAAAAUUCAUUUACAUACUAUGUUCUGAAGAGCCAUCCAUUCUAAAUAUAACUGGAAAAUUUAUUUUGAACAAUAUAUGACACUGUAUUUGUAUAUAAAUAUGUGUUAUGUAAUCACUUCUUUCUUUACUUGUAUAUGUAUAUGUACAUUAUUUGUAUGUAUUUUCAUGCUGCCCUUUGAGGGCCCUUGAUUGGAAAUAAAUAUAGUUAUAAGUUAUUCUAUCGUUUGUCAUCUCUUCUCUUCAUUGUUGUAAUCAUCUCAUGUUUGUCUAUUUUGGACUCUGAACUAGAAAUAAAGAAUUCUAUUCUUCUAUUCUAUUGUAGAUCACAAAGCACUAGCGCACUAGGAAUAAUGUCAUUUAAGUCGGGUUCGCGAUGCAAAAUUCCACCAAUUAAGCAGAAGACCACUGAUAGUCGAGAAAAUGCUGUGUCUUGAAAUGCAGGUACCUGACGUCCUAUAAUGGAGGAGGAAACAGGACCAAUUUCAACACAAAGUUCACUGAAGGCGUGUCUUACAUCCUCAGCAAGGAGCAUUCUCCAUUUUUUUGGAAUUCACAAUCGUACUGACGAUGAUGAAGUCUGGGAGUACAAGACCUUACACAGAAUUCAGAGUGAAAAAUUUGGCUUGUGGAGAAAAGGAAAAUCCUCGGAUGAUGCCACAGAAAUCCUUGUUCAACAAGUGUGGACUACAAUGUCUAAUGUCCUGUCUGAGAAAGUUCACAUCUUACAUGGGUCUGCAGGCCAAGACCAAUUAAUUCCACCAGUAUCUGACUGCUGUUUGAGAAACCAAAGAUCUACCACGAGUGAUUGGAAUCAGAGUGCCAAAAAUGUCAAGGUCGUAUCUGACGAAGCUUCAGGCAGUCAACAGGGAGCGCCACCAGACUCAUCAGCUGAUACAGAAAGUAACGUGCAAGAUACGUCCACAAACCAUCAAAAUAUCGCAACGUCAUCUCAGGAAUCGCCCAAGUCACAGAGUCAGACCUCAACACAAGGAGAAGAGGUUACAUCAGACAACAAGAAUCAGGAUGUUUUGAGCCAGCAAGCGGCAGGCCCGGGUCACGGAGAAUCUGCUCUCCAACAAGAUGACAAGAAUCAGUAUGUUCUGAGCAAGCAAGCAGCAGGUCCAGGUCACGAAGAAUCUGCUGUCCAGGAAGACAACAUCCCACAGCAAUCAGGAGCGUCAUUUCCAAACCUUGGAGGAAAAUUUGAGAACGAUGAGGAUAGAGAGAUCUAUUACUCCUGUGAUAAUGUCAGUUUGAGAGGUGCACUGGAUGUGGCUGAAGAGGAGGUAGGAACCGAUGAAGUCAAGGAACAGUUACCUGACAACUUGGCAGCUGCAGAUUUAGCAUAUGGAAAAGAGGCCUACAAAAAUUACUCUUUAUAUAUGCAGAUUGAAAGACAGGACACCAUAGUAAAACUAAAAGAAUCAAAAGAAGCUGCAAUGGAGAAAAUAGCUUGGAAAAUAUUGAAGAUAGGAGAAGUCCUCGACUUAGCUAGGGAGUAUUACCUGAAUCCAUCUAGUAGAGCAGCGAAGGCGUGGAAGGAUUUACAGCACAAUGUAAGAUUGAACGACUCUAAGUGCAGCGAGGACAACGACGAAGACAUGAGACACCGACUGUCUACACUUCACUCUCACAGACCGGUGUUCACCAUUCUCUUAGUACUAGUACAAGUUGUGGUGUUUAUUGCAUUGUGUUGUAUCGGUGGACUCACAAAGAUGGGGUUUGAACCUGUCUUGGAAUUAUCAGAAGGAAUACCAACCUUCCUUGGCACAGAGACCAUUCACAAAUGGAUCAAACCCAACGUCUGGAUUGGACCGGAUGAAAAGUUCUGGAUAAGUGUUGGGGCUGUUUAUUCCACCUGUAUACGGGAAGAUUUCAAGUUGAUAUUGGCAACAGUCAAAAAGAACUACAGCUCUUCAGCCGUUCUGGGUUGUUGUGAGGUGGCUAAUAGAAAUGCUGCAGGGACCCUGACUCAACAGGAAUGUGAACAGGAAACUGCCGGUGUGGGUAUUUGGAAGAUUGGUGUCCCUUGUGGUUCUAGACCAACGGGUCAGAACAGUGUGUCCCACAACAUCAAGCCCUGCUGUGUCAACACGAGAGGAGAAUGCCGAAUGACAUCCCACCAACACUGUAUCUUUCUAGAGGGCGUUUUUCAUCAGGAAAAGGGCAGAGAGCAUUGUAGUCUGGUUAACUGCAUAUCUGAAAUUUGUAUUGGGAAGAUAGGGUUUAUGACGUCUAGCAUCCCCUCCAGGCCGGACAGACCCUGGGUGGCUGAGCCCCCUAAGCAGUGGUGGCGCCUCCCCCUCUCAAUUCUGUAUCAUCAUGGAAUAGUUCACGCCUCGCUGGAAGUGAUCGUGGAAUGUCUGAUACUGAGCCAGAUAGAGAUCACUAUAGGCUGGCUCCGGCUGAUGAUACUCUUUGUAGUGUGUGGAUGUGGAGGCUUGCUGGCAGCAAUGACGUUUAACCCAUACCUGCCCCAUGUUGGAGCCACGGGGGCCAUUUUUGGAGCAGUAGGCCUGCUGUUUGUAGAACUAAUCCAGUUCUGGUCACUCAUAAACAAACCCUGGCAGGAGCUCCUCAAACUCCUCUUUCUGAUGUCCGUCUUCAUAUUCUCAGGGACGCUGCCCUACCUCAACAUAUUCUCCAUCAUAGCUGGCUUUGUGUUGGGAGUGCUGUGUGCCAUUUUACUGCUGCCUUAUAUCAGUGUCAAGAAGUGUAAGGCAAUGUGUAGGGUCAUCAUGGUGUCCAUAUCAAUCCCGUUCAUUGUCGGUUUAUUCACCGUCUUUAUUUACGCAUUUUAUGAGGUCCAAAUGCUGGAAAACUGUAAAUUCUGUGACAUUAUCAACUGUUAUGCGUAUACUAAGAAUAUGUGUAAAUUACUGGAUUAAUUAGAUUUAUUGUAAUUGUAUGAAUUAUUAUAUUUAAUUAGAUUUAUCAAAAGUU